AUGGCGGCAGAGUCGGAGUCGCGGGCGCCCGGUGCGCCUCCUUCGCUCUCGGAUGCCUUUGCAAUUAGCCCUCGGUUCGCUGCUGAGCGCGCCGAGAGGGCCGCACACCACGGUCUCGUUGAAGCGCCGGUGCUUGCGCAGCGUAACCAGGCUCAGAAAGCUCCGAAACAGUUCCUCCCCGACCUGAACGUCCGUCUGGUGUGCCCCGACUGCCAGACGAUCCCUCCGAAUAUCACCGAAGAGUUUGCAAGCGGCGACCUGGUUUGCGCAGAUUGCGGCCUGGUCCUGGGCGACCGCAUUGUGGAUACGCGGUCCGAGUGGCGCACCUUUGCGAACGAAGACGGCGACGACCCCUCGCGUGUGGGUAGCGCCUCGAACCCCAUCCUCGAUGGAAUUGGUGAGCAGCUGGAGAGCAGGAUUGGUGCGCGCGAUGGUGGUACGGGCACAUCGCGCGAGUUGAUGAAAACCAUGUCGCGGACGUAUGCGACCAAAGAUCGCUCGCUGCUCGAUGCGUUCGACUCGAUUCAGAAUAAGUGUGACAGUAUCCACCUACCGAGGACGGUGUGUGACACGGCAAAGCAGGCUUACCGCCGUGUGGACCAAGAAAAGCUCCUGCGGGGUAAGCACACGGAUGCCAUUAUUGCGGCGGCCAUUUACGUGGCGUGUCGUGUGAACCGCGUACCGCGUACCUUCCCUGAGGUGUGUGCACUGACCUCUGCACGCAAGCAGCAGGUGGCACGGUGUUUCCGUGAAAUGAAAGAUGCCUUUGGUCUGAAUGCGACCGGCACCGGCUCGGUCGAAGGUGCCGAGGAUGCGCACGACGGCGGGCCCGGCCCUGGCACGUCUGGCAGCGGUACGCCGCUUGGCCUUGCCGUCGGUGCAACGGAUCUGGUGGCUCGAUACUGCAACCACCUGGGUCUGGAUAUGUCGAUCGUGCGUGUGACGGAGGCGAUUACCAACCGCAUCCACGAGCUCGGCUACCUCGCCGGUCGCUCGCCCAUUACGAUUGCUGCUGCGUCUAUCUACCUUGUAACGCUUCUUGUGAAUGAACAGCGCACUGCGCGCCGUAUUUCAGUCGCGGCCGGUGUGUCGGACGUUACCAUCAAGCAUUCGUUUAAGGAGCUACUCAAGGUCCAAGAGAACGUCCUCACUCCCGAGAUCCUCGCCAAGGAUUCGCGACUGGAUGUUUCGCGACUGGAGAAUAAGUAA